AUGGCCUCGAGCUUACCCCCGCUAGUCUCACAGCUGUGCGACCUCUUGCAUAACCCGGUCCUGCCUGCACAGCUUGCCUCGGCUAUCCAGGGCAAUAGUAGUGGUAACGAACAGGACAUAUUCUUGAGGAUAGACGCGUCGAUCACUACGAAUGCCCCAUCAGACUCUCAUUCCGGGUCUCUCCCGUUGGGAUGCAUCAAUCUCCGCACUGGAACACUCGUGCCUUUACAGGCGCUUACACCCGCACAUACUCCUGACCCAAGGGACGAGGAAGCAGACACCACCCGCUCGGACUAUACCUCUCAUUUCGCCCCCGAAGAACAUGGCCUCGGGCCGUCCAAACGGCACAAGACCGUGAGCGGACUGCGGCUUCCUAGUCACUCUUCUACAGGUAAUACAAAGCUUGGUAUCAUUCCUAAUGGGGAAACGUCAAAUGACGAUUCACAAGACGCGGCUCCAAAAUCCAGUCGCCAGGUCCACAGCGACACCCGGUUUCCCCAGCGCGCAAAACGGGACCAAGGGCUCGAACCACCGGUCUUAGAGCCCACAUCCUCCGAUAAGCUGAUCGCGGGGAUAUGGAGGCAGAUCUAUUCGUCUGUGCAGUUAAGCCGGGAAUUUUCGAGUAUCACACCCACAAUCAACAUUCGGUCCGGCGCAAGUCUGGAGGUCUUUCAAUCCGUCAACAGCCUCUGUCUCCACUACUAUAACCGCAGCCAAUCCUCGCGUGCACUUGAGAUGAUCGUGCAGGCGUUCUGGGUUGAAUCGUUUGAAGCACGCACCGCCGUUCUCCAAUAUGAAAAGCCAAUCUUGUCCAGGACCGAGGCGCGCAUGAUCGCCAUCCGGGAAGCAUGUGUUGUGCUCAACUGGAAAGAAAAGGACCUACGGAACAGGAUGGCUAUUUGGCGCGGUUACAAAGAAAUCAAGGACUACGGCGGAUGGGCAGCGCUUGUAUUUGCAAGCGCAGGGGUAUACAGGUUCUGUAAGUACCGCAAUGAGUUCGGAGAGGGACUGUUUUCUCGGCUACGGCAUAUACGGUCCAGUCUGGAGGUUGCGGCCGACACACUGCAUCCCGGAUGGAGGGAUCUGUUGAAGGUGAUCCAGCAGGAGACGCUACCUGCUUACCGCGGGCAUCCGCAUGAGUGGGUUAUAAUGCCAGAUGGCCCAGCUCUCCCCUUACGGGAUACAUAUAGGCAUCUGAACUUGCCGACUGGGCUACAGUACAAGUUCAUCGACGAGUGCGUGCUUGAUAAGGACGUUUUUGGGGACAUGGAUCCCCGCAAAGUUCCCGAGCUUGACGAGGAUACCUGUCCGAUAUGCCACGAGAAACAGUCAGACGAGAUUAAGGAGAACCAGUGCAUGUGUUUUCCAGCCCUAUUCGGUGGUAUUCGCGCGCCAGUACCGGUACAGAUUUUCCGCACGACGAGCGGGAAGAAUAACGGUGUAGUUGCUCGCUGCUCUUUCGACCGCGGCACCGCCAUCGGCGAAUUCACCGGGUUCAUCACAUCUGGGAUCACCGGGGUAGACGUGAUGAUUGGGGGUUCGAAGGCACGGCCGUAUCAGAUCUUCCAAGGGGGGAUGGGCAAUUUCACGCGAUUCAUCAACCACUCGUGCCGUCCAAAUAGUCAGUUUCAGCGGUUCUACUGGCGGGGGAAGGAGAGGAUCAUUGUUGUCAGUAGGGGUGUACCCGCCGGCGCUGAGAUUACGGUGGACUAUUCGGAGGGAUACUGGCGGGAGCUGGAGAAGAGCUGUCUCUGUGGUGAGGCGUGUUGUCGGUUUAGGGGUGCGAAUACGCUGUAG